AUGUUCAGUGCUCUUGGUGGAAGUCAUGGUAUACCACGUGUACAUUUUAAGGGUAGGCAAGGUGAAUACUACAUAAUGGUCAUGGACGUGCUUGGACCUAGCUUAUGGGAUGUCUGGAAUAAUAACUUGCACAUGAUGUCAACUGAAAUGGUUGCAUACAUUUCCAUUGAAGCCUCUUACACUAAAUCAAGCAGGUCUUCCAUAGUCAAGCAUGGAACUCAAAGAUUGUUACUAGUGCAUGGUGGGUAUACCCUCAUCAGGUCAGCAAAGCAUCUCCUAAUCAUGACAUUUGGCAUUCUAUUCCGGUUGGAUGAAACCUCACUGGGGUCUCAUCUGAAUGAAAGAAGAUCUGCUGGAAAAGCUAAAGUGAAUGAACAAGAGGCACAAACCGAAGGGAUAACUACAGCUACAAGCAAAGAGUUGAAACCUUUAGAAGAUGCUCCAAAAAGAUGCUACAAGGGUAAAAAUGGACACUUAGCUAAAGACUGCAAGGAACAUUCAGAUGGUGUUGGGAAUGGAGAAAAUGUGACACUUAAUGAAGCUGAGAAAAUUGCAAUGGAAGAAGAUGAUAUAAAGGAGAUCGGUGAAAGUGCAAUGCUUUUAUUAAUCAAUGAUAGAAUAUUAUCUAUCGUAUAA